CUCUCUGCUCCAAGGCGAUAAAGCGAUACUGUGCGACUUCGAGAUUAUAGCUCUUCCGCCGUUGCCACAUCUAAUCGCCGACGAUCUGUUCUCAUCUGCUGCUUAACAAUGAUCAUCUCGGAGAAAAACCGCCGCGAGAUUUCCAAGUACCUCUUCCAAGAGGGAGUCUGCUUUGCGAAGAAGGAUUUCAAUCUGGCGAAGCACCCAGAAAUCGAUGUUCCAAAUCUGCAGGUGAUUAAGCUCAUGCAGAGCUUCAAAUCCAAGGAGUACGUCCGCGAGACCUUCGCCUGGAUGCACUAUUACUGGUACCUCACCAACGAAGGAAUUGAGUUCCUGCGUACAUACCUCAAUCUGCCUUCGGAGAUCGUCCCUGCUACCUUGAAGAAGCAGGCUAGGCCAGCGGGCAGGCCAUUCGGAGGCCCACCUGGUGACCGCCCACGUGGUCCUGGCCGUUUUGAUGGGGAGAGGAGGUUCGGGGGUGAUAGGGAUGGUUACCGUGCUGGACCAAGGGCGCCUGGUGGUGAUUUUGGUGACAAGGGUGGAGCUCCUGCUGAUUACAGACCAACAUAUGGGGGUGGCUCUUCUGGUCCGAGGACAGGAUUUGGCCGCGGUGCUGGAAGCUAUGGCGGGCUCAAUCGUCUUCUUGUUCGUCAUCUACAUUUGAUCACGCAGGCCAGUCAUGUCUGCGACGAAGCAAAACCCCUGGGUCGAGCAAGCUUGCUGAAGGCGGAAAGUAUGGUUUCCAAUGGAAGCAAAGACUCGAGCUCCACUUCCGCAACGGCUGCCAAGGGCGGAGGCGGAAGCGGCGGCAAGAUAAAGGGAGUUCCGACUCACGGCGGUCGUUACGUGCAGUAUAAUGUCCAUGGGAACUUGUUUGAAGUUUCCAGCAAGUACGUUCCUCCCAUUCGACCAAUCGGCCGUGGCGCUUAUGGCAUUGUCUGCGCUGCUGUGAACUCCGAGACACAAGAGGAAGUGGCAAUAAAGAAAAUUGGGAAUGCAUUUGACAACAGAAUCGAUGCAAAAAGGACGUUGAGAGAGAUUAAGCUUCUACGCCAUAUGGACCAUGAAAAUGUAAUUGCCAUCAGGGACAUUAUUCGACCACCGAAGAAGGAGGCAUUCAAUGAUGUCUACAUAGUUUAUGAAUUGAUGGAUACUGACCUCCAUCAGAUCAUUCAUUCUGAACAAGCAUUGACUGAUGACCACUGCCAGUACUUCUUGUAUCAACUGCUUCGAGGGUUGAGAUAUGUGCACUCAGCAAAUGUCCUGCAUCGAGAUCUUAAACCCAGCAAUUUACUUCUGAAUGCAAAUUGUGACCUUAAAAUUGGAGAUUUUGGGCUAGCAAGAACAACUUCCGAGACAGAUUUUAUGACCGAGUAUGUUGUCACUCGUUGGUAUCGAGCACCAGAGUUGCUCCUUAAUUGUUCAGAGUACACUGCUGCAAUAGAUAUUUGGUCUGUUGGUUGCAUCCUUGGUGAAAUUAUGACUCGGGAACCCCUAUUUCCUGGAAAGGAUUAUGUUCAUCAACUGAGGCUUAUUACAGAGCUAAUAGGUUCGCCAGAUGAUGCUAGCCUUGGUUUCCUUAGAAGUGACAAUGCCAGAAGAUAUGUUAGACAGCUUCCACAGUUCAGAAAACAGAACUUCUCCAUGAGGUUCCCCAAUAUGUCUUCUGGUGCUGUCGAUCUGCUAGAAAAGAUGCUUGUAUUUGAUCCCAACAAACGCAUUACAGUUGAUGAUGCACUUUGCCACCCAUACUUGUCACCCCUCCAUGAUAUCAAUGAUGAACCGAUCUGCUCUGCACCAUUCCACUUCGAUUUUGAGCACCCGUCAUGCACCGAAGAGCAUAUUAAGGAGCUCAUAUGGAGGGAGGCAGUGAAGUUCAAUCCAGAUACCCAACACUAGAAGAAGAAGAAGAAGAAGAAGAAGAAGAAGCGGAAUGUUGAGAAAUGAGAAGAAGCCUUCUUCCCGGAAACGUAUCAGCCUGCUAUGAUCAUCACAUCCUGAGCUCCGCAACUCUGGAAAUCACCAUUAGGAGGAUAGUUACCACAAUGUCCAAGAAAUUCAAUAGGGCUAUAGCAGAAUUAGCUGUUUGGAAACAAACCUGCUCAAGUAAACAAACGUUGAGAAGCAUGGAUCAUAUUGUAAAGAAGUUUCUGCAGAUCCUUUUCAUGUGUACAAGUUAGGAUUAAUUUCAAGUAUGUGAGCUAACAGCAAUGACUGGUUGCUUAUAGCGAAAUAAUCUAUGAAUCUAAUACCUUAACAUCAUGUACUAUCUGAAUAAAGUUGUCACGUGAUAUUGAAAUUGCAACUUUUUAGAUUGUUUGAUUUGAACAGGUAAUUGGGUUGUGCGUUAUCCUGAUCAGGUACACAAAGGAAAAAUUGUGGAU